AUGUCUGGAUUUUUUAGAAACAGCCAACACAACCCCCAAGGCUUUGCCCCUCCACCACAGACACCCUAUUAUUCAUCUUAUCCACCUCAACAACAUACACCACUACAGCGUAGUCAUACGCUAUCGGCAAAUGAUAGAAGAGAGCAAUAUCUUUGGAACUUAUUUCAACGAGUCGAUACGGACCGUUCAGGAUCCAUCUCUGUUCAUGAGCUACAACAAGCCUUGGUGAAUGGAGACUGGAGUCCGUUCAAUAUCGAGACGGUGCGUAUGAUGGUAAACAUAUUCGAUACAGAUAAUAAUGGCACGAUCGAUUUUCGAGAAUUCAAAGGAUUAUGGAAGUACGUUGAAGAUUGGAGUCAGUGCUUUAAAACCUUUGACCGAGAUAAUUCUGGGAGCAUUGAUCGUUAUGAGAUGGGUUAUGCUCUGAGAACAUUUGGGUUUAAUGUGAGUGACCACUUUGUGAAUAUGCUUGUUCAAUCCUUUGACAAAUAUGGCAAUGGCGAGAUCACUUUUGAUAAUUUUGUACAAGCAUGUGUAACAUUAUCAACACUAACAAACCUAUUCAGAUCAAGAGAUUAUGAAAAUAGAGGUUCAAUCACUAUCAACUAUGAAGAUUUUUUGACGUUGGUCAUAAGUGGUCGCCCUGAUAUGAAAGGAAAUUUCUAG